AAAAGAACAAGGUAGAUAAUAAGCGGAGGCAGCAGCGGUAGUUCUCUACAGUGUAGUUGAGUCUGUCUCCUCCUCCGGCUUCUCCCUGCAGCUCCCUGCACCUCCCUGCUGUCUGACGCCGCUUCACUGACUCCUCCAGCCGCCGCUCGGUUCCGAUGGCCCGCAGAGCCGCCGUAGUUGUGCUGGUGUCCGCGGUGGUGUCCGCUGUGUCCGCCGGGGUGUUCUUCAGCCAGAAGCAGCCCUGCUUCGUCCGCUCAGCCAGGAGACAGGACUUCGGACUCAGGACCUCUCCUCAACCUCAUGAGUAUUUAAACGUUUCCGAUCUGCCCAAGUCGUGGGACUGGAGGAACAUCAAUGGUGUAAACUAUGCCAGCACGACCCGCAACCAGCACAUUCCCCAGUACUGUGGCUCCUGCUGGGCUCAUGGCAGCACCAGUGCCAUGGCAGACCGCAUCAACAUUAAGCGGAAAGCAGCGUGGCCGUCUGCCUACCUCUCUGUCCAGCAUGUGAUCGACUGCGGUGAUGCCGGCUCUUGCCACGGGGGCGAUCACUCCGGUGUUUGGGAAUACGCGAGCAAACACGGGAUCCCAGACGAGACCUGCAAUAAUUACCAGGCUAUAGACCAGAAAUGUAAGCCCUUCAAUGAAUGUGGCACGUGCACCACCUUUGAUGUGUGCAACGUAGUGAAGAACUACACUCUGUGGAAAGUGGGCGAUUAUGGAUCUAUCAGCGGGAGAGAGAAGAUGAUGGCAGAGAUCUACGCUCGAGGACCAAUCAGCUGUGGGAUUAUGGCCACAGAGAAGCUGGACGCAUACACAGGAGGUCUCUACUCUGAAUACAAGGAGUUUCCUGGCAUCAACCACAUCGUGUCGGUGGCAGGAUGGGGAGUGGAGAACGACGUUGAAUAUUGGGUUGUGCGCAACUCCUGGGGAGAGCCGUGGGGGGAGAAGGGCUGGCUCAGGAUCGUGACCAGUGCCUACAAGGGAGGAAGUGGCAGCACCUACAACCUGGCGUUGGAGGAAGACUGCAUGUACGGGGACCCAAUUGUACCGAAAGGCACCCUCUAGAGGAGAUCGGCGGCCACAGUGUUAUCGGAAGUCUCACCGCACACGCUCAUAAUGUCUUCCUGUCUCAGGCAGGGGAAGGAGGAUUUUUUAUGUAAAAGCUUGACAAGGGAAAUUCACAGAUUUUUAAAGAGAUCUUAUCUGCAGCUGAAUAUUAGAGCUCAACGCUGAUUCAUUUUUUUUAUCACAGUGACGUGCAGACUUUUUAACAGUCUGAAACUUUUAAACCGAGGGGGAGGUGCAACUAAUCUCUGCGCUUUAGAAACAUUCAGCCACUGCAGAUAUGUUUAAUUGCUGUUAGAGGAUGAAUAAAUUCAGUUUACAAUAUUUAAAAUCAUAUACACAAAGCAGGUUUUUCAAUUUUUGCUUUCAAAUGCAAAGUGACUCAGCCAAAGUACACGGGUGUUUCCCAGCACAGCUCUGACACUGAAUGUUUCCAGUGCCUGAUGUUACUGUAUCGUCAAGAUUGUAUUACAAGCUGACACAGGAGUGCACAAAAAUCAUUUCAACAUGUGCCUUACAUGCAGUCAGUGUAGAGAUCAAAAUGAUGUAAUUUUCUGUUUGCUUGCCUGCUGAACAAUCUACACAUCACAUGUACAAAACAAAUCUAUGCCAAUAAACACAACAUUUUAAAAUAA